CCCGGAUGGGAACUAGCUGCUACAGCAGAACAGCGUAACUCCAGCACAAACAUUUUCAGUGUGGGCAGUUUCCGGUUACACUGGCAGUGUACGAACGCAUGGCAGCUUGUUUGUCUGCGGUAUAAGGCUCAGCUAAGUGGAUGCAGUAUUGCCGAGCUCUCUAUAGAUGGCAGAAGAGUGUCAGCAGCCUCAGAAAUUCCCUUCUGUUAUAGAUCGUUAUUUUACACGAUGGUACAAGGCAGAUGUCAAUGGAAAGCCGCAUGAAGAUCACUGUGUUCUGCAGCAUUCAAAUCGAGUUUGUGUUAUCACACUAGCCGAAUGUCACCCAGCUUUACAAAAUGGAAAAUCUAUUAAAAGCAUCAGUUAUCGGAUCAGUGCCAAUUGCAGCAGACUCGAGAACAAGGUUUCUGGCAAAUCAAAAAGGGGAGCACAAUUUUUGACUGAGCUUGCGCCAUUGUGUAGAAUAUCCUGCUCUGAUGGUGAGGAAUACACUGUAUACAGCUGCAUCAGAGGUCGAUUAUUAGAAGUGAAUGAAAAUAUCCUUGAAAACCCUGAACUUUUGAAAGAAAAGCCGUCCACAGAGGGUUAUAUUGCCGUUGUGUUACCAAAGUUUCAAGAAAGCAAAACUAUCACGGAUGGACUUCUAUCCCAGAAGGAAUAUGAAGAGAUGCUGUUAAAGCGAACUAGUCUCCAAUGUAAUAAUGCACAAGCUGUUUAGUGCUACUGAGCAGGAUAAAGAAAAUAUCUACCUCGGCGUCAAAUAUAUUUUUGUUAAUAGUGUCUGUUAUGCUGAAGAGGUUUUUUUUUAUAAUUAUUAUUAUAAGGGAUGGUAUUAAUCUUUGAAUUGUUUACUGCAGUGCAGAAAAUACAGCCACCCAUACUAAACUGUUUUCCAUUUUUGUUUUUUAACAAUCCUGUUUUUUUAUAGCUGUUUUACUUUAGAAGUAACGUUUUGGCAGGUGCGUACAUAAGGCUAUUGAAUUAUGUUUUUCACCAAUACAUCACGUGUGUCUACCAACUCAUAAUCUGCAAGAUAUUUAGAUCAGAAGACUAAAGCAUCAAACAGUGCUUUUACCAAACUAUUUUACCUAUUAAAAACAUUUCAAAAACACUAA